AUGUGGGCUCUUCUAGCCUAUGUAGCGUGCGUGAAAAGCGCACAAAACGAGGUAAUUACGCUUCAAAAGCAUGCCUGUAUUUCGAAGAAACGUGAUUGUCAACAAAAGGGAGCCGAUAUGAGAGGAAGAUGGCGGAAGACUGGCCAAAAUUGUGCGAACGAGAGGGAACAAAGCUCAAGUGGCGUGAACACGCGAGACAAGCGUGACCGCAGCGUUUUACAGUCUCCUGGAUUGCAUGCCCUUGAAAGUCUUCCUGAAGAUUCAAGUGGACUUAAGAACUUCCCAGAUGAGAGUAUAACACCGUUCUCUGGCGAGACAUCUCUGGCCCAUAACAUAACCGUUGUUGAGGACAGACUAGAGCAGAUGGGCGUGAGAUAUUCUAGACUGCGAUCUGAACCACCGAACAACCCUUUUUCGUCCCGCUUAACCCCAUCACCACGCGCAUCGGUGAAUGAAAAUCAUCGACAGAAAACGUUGAGCUACAUACAUCAAGUUCUAGACUCCAAUGGAAUCAUACCGAAUCGAUCACAAUGGGACCGAGCUAUGCACACAUUCUGUGACGAGGUCCAUAUUCUUGUUCCAUUUUUACACUUGCCAUCUGUGUGGGAAGCAUAUGAAAGCAUGUGGGCAAGCUUAUCCGUCCCUAACGCAAGCCAUCAUUUUCGACGCAGCGAGUGGAGAUUUACCUUCGCGUGGGUUUUGUUGUGCCUUGCUAAUGGUACAUGUGUUGAGUCUUCACGUGUGGAUAACCAGGACAGACAGUACUCUGCCGGCUGGAGCUUGUACCGAGCAGCGAGAGACAUUUUUGGGGAUCUUUUAGAUGUGUUCAGUCAGUGUACCGAUCAGAUCCUCUUGUUGCAAAAUAUUGUCUUGAUGGUUGUAUAUCUUUUUCGACUAGAUGCACAUGGGCCAGCAGAGAGGCUCUUGGCACUUUCCAUAUCUCAUUCGCACCACAUCGGACUGCAGCGUCGUCAAGUGGUGGAGGCAAUGAACCUCUUUGAUGGUGAAAUGUCUCGUCGUCUCUGGUGCUGCAUAUACCUCAUGGACAGGAGAUUGGCGAUUGAGACUGGUCGUCCAUUCCUAAUCCAGGACUUGAAUGUCGAUAUUGGUCUUCCUCAACAUAUGAGCGAUGAGUUGCUUAGCAAACAUCGAGGAGGCUCUCAUCUGCUGCAUCUCGAUGGUUUUGCCUGUGGAAAGCUUCACACUACAGUACCAUAUCUUAUUGCUAUGGUCAGCUACUCAAAGGUCAUAGGUAAAGUCUGGGAAGCUCUUUACGGUGCUUCAACAUCGGACUCUGCCCCAAGUCCGCUGCUCAAAGAGUACUUGGAACUGCUCAUAACUCAAUCCCAAAGUGACCUCCAACCGGAGUUUUGCUAUGACCCACAACAGCCAGGAAGCUACAAAGCAAAUGGAUUAGCUUGGUGGCAGAUCAAGCAACAAUUGAUGAUGCGAAUUCGGUGGUCGUCGCUUUACCUCCUAAUCAGGAAACCAAUGCUACAGCGAAAAGGUGGUUUAGAUUUACCAGCUCCAGAGAUCAUUGAAAAUGAGGUAAAAUGUAUGCGUCUGGCCCAAAGCAUAUUUGAAGACUUUAGCAAUGUGCCGGAGGAUCACCCAAAGUACACCUUUCCGUUUCUGCACUACCUCACCAGUGCUACUAUCAUCGCUCUCGGGUUGAUCAUCAAACAAGGGUCUUUCAAACAUACUUACGGGAAGUUGACACUGGAAGCGGCACGAUCUCUCAAGAAACAUUGCCGUAAAACCUGGGUCUCAGGCAGAAUGGCCCGGGCUGUAUGGAAGCUGAACCAAAUGGCGGAGGCAAUCAUGAAUUCAAGCUCACGUCUUCCCGAAAACUUGGGGAAUAGCACUCAACAGAAACUUUCGUCGCGAGCAACCCAGAAGUCGCAUGAGGACAUAUAUCAUGAGGCACCCAAGACUUGUCAUCACUUACUGGAACAGAGACCAGAUUUUGCCCCAUCGUGCGCAAGCUGCAAUGAAACAGAUUCAACGUUAUCUAAUUUCAGUCGCCCGAUACAACUUCGACAAGCUAUUCACCGAGAUCCAUCGAUCAUGAGUCACUUGCAACUGGACCAGCGGCAUCUGGCAGCGAAUGAAGCUGAUUUUGAAGAGAGACACACGAGAACCCCCAUAUCCAGCCAGCACAUCUCAAGGAAUCUUCGUCAUGAUGAAUCGGACCGUGGCGCUGAGGGCAAUAUACAAUGUGAAGCACACAUGCUGGGAAUACAACCUUGUUCCCCCGGUGAUGCAGCUCCUAACCUAUGGGAUGUUCCUUCGUCUUUCUCGCUCCCCCCAGGCAGGAAUGUGGCGGUAUCAGAUCCAAAUGCCUGGCUACCUGGAGAAAUGAUAGAUGGCGGAAUUGAGUGGCUACAGACGUUAUUCGCAAGCGAUCAGGAUACGGAAAUCCCAUCACCGUGGGAUUUGUAG